UUAGUAUGUUAGCUAAAGGCUAAAGCUUUGAUGUUUAGGGCUUUUGGUUGGGAGCUGGGAUGGCGCUCAAGGGCGUGCAAAUGCGCGAAUGCGGGCUCUCCACGGGCUCGUCGUCACUGGCAGUGAAAGCGUUCCAAUUGUCAAUCGCUGCGGCGCAAAAUCCUCUUGCGAUUGAGUACUGGGACUAUCUGGAGCACAUUGAGGCUCCGCAAUGGGUAGAUUUGUCCGUGGAAGCGUCGCUAGAAGGCACGGAGGGGGAUGAUCCAUGGUUUUACCAACAUCAUCCGCAUCAUGAGACACCUCUGGAAGAACUUGUGUUUGCUCCUUGCUCGGACUUUAAGCAGGAGGUGGCCAACGAAGAGCUUAACUUCACGUCUAAAGAGGUGACAAGCUCCUCGGAGCAAAGUCUAUCUCUGGAGUCUUCUCAGGAAAGGAGUGAGCUCAAGAACCAUGAGAAUGGUCGACUAUUGCCUAGCAAACCAAAGCGAAUUCAACUGCGGCCGGCUUGCGAGAUAAGAAAAGAAGAUGGCAAGGAUGGUAAGCAGGAAAGGAGUGAGAACAGUAUUGGUUCUAGUCCGAGCGAGAGUUUCUCGGCAAAGUUGCUGGCAACUUUGAUGGCCAGGCUACGAACCAACGAAGAGGUCCAAACUGCUUCGGACAGCAACCCACUGGACGAUUCUCUUUCGAGCUCGAAGCAAAUGAAGAGAGGCGAUGACACAGAUGCUCCUUGCGAUAUACACGUCCGAACGCAGCGAGUCAGAGCAAGUAUUGCUUGUGUGACUCUUUCCGGGACAAGCAAUCACGAAGGUAGCACCAAGCCAAGCAGGAAUGCGACUGGAAGCCCGCUCAGGAACAAAGAGAACUCUAGCACACCGACACGGGGAAAAUCAGCACUUGGCCAGCUGAAAAAGCCGAAGCUUAUGAACGUGAGGAAGAGCCUGGCAACAUUUGAGUUUGGCAAGAACUCCAAUGGAACUUUUAGCAUCGGACGCAGCGAUGGAGUGAUGGUGCAAAGGCGGAGGCUUUCAUGCAAAUCUCCACGCCUAAAGACUCCAAAGUCUUUGCGAGCUUCGACCGAGAGGAAAAGCACUAAAAUGGCUAGAGUAUCUCCCGACACUAAAGGACCACCAGCGAAGGCAAGAGCUUAUGGAGUUGCAGGUGACGAGCUAGCCGCUCUAAUUGCAAAGCACAACAGCAAGUUCCUUCUCAAGCCCAAGUAUGAACCAAGGCUCCAUUCAACUCGAGACAUAAGAGAGUGGGAGAGAAGAACCGGGCAGCUAUAUUAUAGCCUCCAACCGAUUGAGCGAGUGAAAGUGAAUCAGGAUAUCUCAGAAUUUAAGAGGUCCAAGAUUUUGUGACCCAAGUUUCAUUCUUAAUUGCUUUUCUUGUAUACUUAUCUUGUAAAUGGAAAGAGAGUCUGAACUAUUA